AGGAUAUUUGGGUAUUAUGGUGCCAAAGGUGUCCAUCUCCCCGCAAUCCUACUAUAAGCGUUGCACAGAAUAAAAUAUCGAACAAUCUCAACAACUUACAAAUUUUGUCUGCCCAAGUUUUUUAAGUAUUUAAGUUAUUACUAAGGGAAAGUCCCUGGGUCGAUAUACUGGGUCAGUCUCGCAAAAUUUUGAUUUCCGAAGAAAUUGCUGCUGUUUUAACUUCAUCUUUUGACACUGUUUCCGCAAAACCACGACCAGUAUGUUACGUUUACGAACGUGUAAGUCGUUUUCACAAAAGAAGGUGACAAAAAAUGGUUUCAGUUCCUGUUGCACAGGCGUUCAGACCAGAUACGCAAGUUAUCUUGCUAAUCCACAAAACAUGAAAAGUGAAUAUGAUGCUGUAGUUGUGGGUGGGGGACAUAACGGACUUAUUUCGGCGACAUAUUUGGCGAAACAUGGGUUAAAGGUUGGGGUGUUUGAGCGUAGGCAUGUGGUGGGGGGUGCAGCCGUAACGGAAGAAAUAAUUCCUGGAUACAAGUUUUCACGAGCUUCAUACGUUCUUAGUCUCUUGAGACCUUUGGUUAUUAAAGAGCUGGAAUUGCAGAAAUUUGGUCUCGAGGUAUACCCUCGUUCAACGGCUGCAUUUACACCAGUGUUAGAUGGUCCGGACAAACAUAGAUAUCUUAUGUUAUCAUCGGACCGAGAGAUAACGCGACAAGAAAUAUCGAAGUUUUCCAAAAAAGAUGCAAAGGCUUACUUUGAGUACGAAGCCAUGAUUGAAAAGAUGGCGUUUGCAAUCAAACCUUUACUUGACCGCCCACCCCCCACCGUGGAAGGCCCAAUGUUUGAAAUAUUAAGAAGUUUGAUGCCAACUUAUAAAGCAGCUAGAAAACUUGGAUCUGAUUUGCCGUUGUUUUAUGAACUGAUGACGGCUCCAAUAACUAAAAUAUUAAGUCGUUGGUUUGAAUCGGAACCCUUGAAAGCCACGCUUGCUACAGAUGGUGUUAUUGGAGCAAUGUUGAGCCCGCAUUCUCAUGGUAGUGGGUAUGUGUUACUCCACCAUGUGAUAGGAGAAGUAAAUAAUGUACCUGGAGCAUGGGGUUAUGUGAAGGGAGGGAUGGGUGGUGUUUCCGAUGCUAUCGCUCGAUGUGCAAAUAAACAUGGGGUGGAUAUAUUCGUAUCGCAAAAAGUUGACCACAUUGAUAUCGACAAUAACCAAACAAUGGGAAUUGUUCUUGAAGAUGGAAAGUUUAUAAAGAGCAAGAAUGUUCUUUCGAAUGCUACACCUCACGUUACGUUUAAACAUCUGGUUCAAGACAAUGUUGUUUAUGACGAACAAUACAAGAAACAAGUUUCGCAAAUUGACUAUACCUCGCCUGUUACCAAAAUAAAUGUUGCAGUGAACGCUCUCCCAAACUUCACAGCAUUCCCCAACCAAUCUCACAAUGAAGUUGGUGAACAACAUAAAGGAACGAUUCAUUUAAACUCGGAAUCUAUUCACCUCAUACAUGAUGCGUAUCUGGAUGCUAUCAAUGGAAUACCAUCAAAAACCCCCAUGAUUGAGAUGUGCAUUCCAUCAUCAGUGGACCAAACACUUUCCCCACCAGGUCACCAUGUUGUGUCGUUGUUCACACAGUAUACACCGUAUUAUUUAAAAGGGGAGAAGUGGUCAGAAAGCGACAGGAAUGCCUAUGUUACUGCAGUUUUUGAAAACAUUGAAAAAUACGCUCCUGGUUUCCAAGAAAGCGUGGUUGGUGUCGACGCAUUGCUACCAUCCGAUCUAGAAGAUGUGUUCGGACUUACUGGUGGGAAUAUCUUCCAUGGUUCAAUGUCCCUUGAUCAGUUACUAACAUCGAGGCCAACCACACAAGGUUCAUCACAUAUGACUCCAAUACAAGGAUUGUUCUUAUGUGGUAGUGGAACUCAUCCAGGAGGAGGGGUGAUGGGGGCAAGUGGGAGGUUGGCAGCAAUGACUUUGUUGAAAGAAAGAAGAUAAAAGGUGAAAAUAUGCAAACAUACAGGCAUCUUCCAAACUGAAAGUUAAUUUCUUCAGAAAGAAUUUGGAUCGUAGUUUUUUUUUUAUGAUUUUAACUUUUCGAAUUUUGUCUUGUUUUUAUAAUUGAUUUUAAAAUCAGUUUUAGUAAUUAUGUAAGGUAUGAGAUGUUUUUUUUUAUUUUUUAAAUCUAUGCAUACAUAAUUUAACUCUAUGCAAUUUAACUAAUUUAACUCACAAAUACCUUUUGCAAGUGGCAUAACCAUAUAUUAAAAAAAUAUAAAUCACUGACCAAGGCACAUUUAUGUGGUAACUUUUAUGUCAGCACGAGGUUUAUUUUACAUUCAUUUAACGUAAAUAUAUU